CUCCCGCGGUUUACGCGCGGAUUUGCCUGCGAAUGCGCGAGACCCGCUGGACACAUUGUGCACGCACGAGUGUUUAAAGGCAGGGUGCUGCACCACUUUAAAGGCAUAAAAUGAGUGAUAAUGAAGCAGAAGAGGACAAUAUACCAGAUGCAGCAACCUGCCAGGAGAGGUGCUCUGAGUUUGCAUCUAUAACAGGCACAGAUGAAGCUUGUGCACAAUUUUUUCUGCAAGAUCAUGAGUGGGACCUUACUAGGUCCCUCAAUUCAUAUUUUGAGGCACGCACAUCAGGUGCUGGGGUACAUGUGGUGCCUGGCAGUGAGGAUGCAUCUGCAAUCAUCACUAUCGACGACCAGGCUGUGUCAGCUCUGGAUGGGCGGAAGAGGCGAUGGUCGUCUGGCGAAGCUGGCGGCGCAACCACGUCAAGACUGCGACUCACCGCCUCACCACCCAGAACUUUCAGCUUCAUCACGUGGAACAUCGACGGGCUGGACCAGCGGUGUCUUAAGAAGCGAACCAAAAUGGUGUGCAAAAUCAUUGAAAUGGAGGCCCCGGACAUCGUGUUCCUGCAGGAGUUGACGCCCAACACGUGUGUGUACAUCGAGACGAAGCUGCCGCAGUACCAGCUGCUGUCUGCCGGCGCCGAUCGCGACUACUUCACCGCCACGCUGCUGCGCAAGUACCGCGUGUACUGCGACGCCCACCGGAUCGUCGAGUACCCGCGCACCAGCAUGCUUCGGAACCUCCUCUGCGUGGAGGCCCACAUUGGUCCGUUGAAGCUGACACUUCUGAACACACACUUGGAGUCCACCAAGGAGCACACGGCGGUGCGACAGGAACAGCUCAAAGAGUGCUUCUCCCGGCUGAAGGCUACCAGUGCUGAUCACGUCGUUCUGUUGGCGGGCGACCUCAACCUCCGUGACAGCGAUGUGACGGCCGUCGGGGGACUGCCGGCUGGCGUGUCCGACCUGUGGGAACGCUGCGGCCGACGGAAGGAGGUGGAGUUCACGUGGGACAUGCAGCGCAACACGAACCUGGAGAUGCCGGGGCGCUUCAAGCCGCGGCUGCGCUUUGACCGCGUCUACUUGCGGGCCACUGAUCAGGUCACGGCCGAACACUUUGGUCUAGUCGGCCUGGAGAAGGUGCAGGGCACGCAAAGCUUCCCCAGUGACCACUGGGGCGUGCAGGUGUACUUCGGCAUCAACCAGACGCAGCCUGUGUGAUGGAAUGCGCGACAGUCUGUGGGCCGCAGUCAUUCCGUGCGGCCGUCGACGGCGAUCGUGUGCGGUCUGUGAACAGGCAGUGAGAUCAGGUCAGAUCAGAUGGGCUCGCACGCGGUGGGUGCCCAUACCGUUGUUCCAUGUGAUUUUUUUUAGAAAUGCAUAAGUUUAUCAAGUG